AUGCCGUCUCUCAACAGUUGGUGGUGGCGUUUCCUCGAAAACUAUGUCUAUGCAGUGCCAGAACCUCCACCGCGAAAACGAACGAAGCCUAUGGAGGUGCUUUGUGUAGGCCUACCCAGGUCUGCGACUGAGUCUCUUCAGACCGCGCUUUUGAAGCUUGGAUACGAUCACACCUACCACGGCUGGGAUAUGGUAUACGAGACACCAAGUUACUCAUCGAAAUGGGUUCGCUUAUGCAGAAAGAAAAGAGUUUGCGGACUCUCUGUAGCUGUCACAGAUGCCGCUGCUUCAGUGUUUGCAGCCGAACUCAUCGCCGCAUACCCCGAUGCGAAGGUCGUCCUCAAUUACCGCAAAGAUUUGGAUGCGUGGCACGAGAGUGCUGUGAAGACUCUAGUGAGUGUCAAUGAGAACUGGACUCUAUAUAUAUUGUCUUGUCUCGGGAAAGUGCCGUUCUGGGGCUGGCAUGUUUAUGAGCGGUUUAUGUGGCCAGGCCUCUUUCGGGCCUUGGACGGCAAUAUUGAGACAGGAAUUGCGAGGAAUGGCAAAUGGGUCUACAAGGAACAUUGCAACAUGAUCCGCGGUCUCGUUCCGAACGAAAAGCUCCUCGAAUGGAAUGUCGAAGACGGAUGGGAACCCUUGUGCAAGUUCUUGGAUAAAACAGUUCCUGAUGAACCAUUCCCUCACGUCAACAAAGCUUCCGGCUGGGAAAAUCACGAGGCAGAAGUCACUAAACGAUAUCUGACGAGUGCCUUGUCAGGCGUCGCUGUUGUAUCUGCAGUUGGAAUUGCAACCAGCGCCAUCGCAUAUAAGACCAUGUGUUCAUAUGAAGAUAUCUGGAAAGUUAUGUGA